GUGUCCGCGGGCCAGUCCCGGCUCAGCUGCGCGGCCAGGCCCAGUGCUGGCGGAGGAGGGAGCAGCUCCAGCCUAGGCAGCAGCAGCAGGAAGCGACCUCUGCUCGCCCCCCUCUGCAACGGGCUCAUCAACUCCUACGAGGACAAAAGCAACGACUUCGUCUGCCCUAUCUGCUUUGAUAUGAUUGAGGAAGCAUACAUGACAAAAUGUGGCCACAGCUUUUGCUACAAGUGUAUUCAUCAGAGUUUGGAGGAUAAUAAUAGAUGUCCCAAAUGUAACUAUGUUGUGGAUAAUAUUGACCAUCUAUACCCUAAUUUCUUGGUAAAUGAACUUAUUCUCAAACAGAAGCAAAGAUUUGAGGAAAAGAGGUUCAAAUUGGACCACUCAGUGAGUAGCACCAAUGGUCACAGGUGGCAAAUAUUUCAGGAUUUGUUGGGAACUGAUCAAGAUAACCUUGACUUGGCCAACGUCAACCUCAUGUUGGAGUUAUUAGUGCAGAAGAAGAAACAACUGGAAGCACAACUGGAACAGAUCCAGAAGGAGCUAAGUGUUUUGGAAGAGGAUAUUAAAAGAGUGGAAGAAAUGAGCGGCUUGUACUCUCCUGUCAGUGAGGAUAGCACAGUGCCUCAAUUUGAAGCUCCUUCUCCAUCACACAGUAGUAUUAUUGAUUCCACAGAAUACAGCCAGCCUCCAGGUUUCAGUGGCAGUUCUCAGACAAAGAAACAGCCUUGGUAUAACAGCACAUUAGCAUCAAGACGAAAACGACUCACUGCUCAUUUUGAAGACUUAGAGCAAUGUUACUUUUCUACAAGGAUGUCUCGUAUCUCAGAUGACAGUCGAACUGCAAGCCAAUUGGAUGAAUUUCAGGAAUGCUUGUCCAAAUUUACACGAUAUAAUUCAGUACGACCUUUGGCUACUUUGUCAUAUGCUAGUGAUCUCUAUAAUGGUUCUAGUAUAGUCUCUAGCAUUGAGUUUGACCGGGAUUGUGACUAUUUUGCAAUUGCUGGCGUUACAAAAAAAAUUAAAGUCUAUGAAUAUGGCACAGUCAUUCAGGAUGCAGUGGAUAUUCAUUACCCUGAGAAUGAAAUGACCUGCAAUUCCAAAAUCAGCUGUAUCAGUUGGAGUAGUUACCAUAAGAACCUGUUAGCCAGCAGUGAUUAUGAAGGCACUGUCAUCCUGUGGGAUGGUUUCACAGGACAGAGGUCCAAGGUCUAUCAGGAGCAUGAAAAGAGGUGUUGGAGUGUUGAUUUUAAUUUGAUGGAUCCCAAACUCUUGGCUUCGGGUUCUGAUGAUGCAAAAGUGAAGCUGUGGUCUACCAACCUAGACAACUCAGUGGCCAGCAUUGAGGCAAAGGCUAAUGUGUGUUGUGUUAAAUUCAGCCCCUCUUCUAGAUACCAUUUGGCUUUUGGCUGUGCAGAUCACUGUGUCCACUACUAUGAUCUUCGUAACACUAAACAGCCAAUCAUGGUGUUCAAAGGACACCGAAAAGCAGUGUCUUAUGCAAAGUUUGUGAGUGGUGAGGAAAUUGUCUCUGCCUCAACAGACAGUCAGCUAAAGCUAUGGAAUGUAGGAAAACCAUACUGUCUACGUUCCUUCAAGGGGCAUAUCAAUGAAAAAAACUUUGUAGGUCUCGCUUCCAAUGGAGAUUAUAUAGCUUGUGGAAGCGAGAAUAACUCUCUUUACCUGUACUAUAAAGGACUAUCUAAGACCUUGCUGACUUUUAAGUUUGAUACAGUCAAAAGUGUCCUGGACAAAGACCGAAAAGAAGACGACACAAAUGAAUUUGUUAGUGCUGUGUGCUGGAGGGCACUACCAGAUGGGGAGUCCAAUGUGCUGAUUGCUGCUAACAGUCAGGGUACAAUUAAGGUGCUGGAGUUGGUAUGAAGGGUUUAUUCAAGUCAAAUUAUACUUGAUCCUGCUGAAAUACAUCUGCAGCUGACAAUGAGAGAAGACAGGAACUGUCAUGAUGUCUCUCCCCAAAAUCAUCAUGGGUUUUGGAUUUGUUUUGAGCAUUUUUUCUUUUCUUUUUUCCUCCUUUAUGACCUUUGGGACUUUGAAAUACCUAGCGAACUCUCCACCAUCAAUGUAACUCUAUGGACUUUGCUGCUGUUGGUGGUGUGGUUACCUAAUUUUUGUGAUAGGGAAACAUUCUUUUGAAUAAAAAUAAAUAAUAAAAAAUAAUAAAAGUUUAUUGAGCCACAGUUGAGCUGGGAUAGUUUUUGUCGAAUGUGGCAAAAGAUAAUCUUACCAAGAAACAGCCCAAAUGAACUGUAGAACAAUAUAGUCUACUGAUGAGUAAUUUAUAAGAUUCAGAUUCCCAACACCUUUGGAGUUACACAUACCAACAAAAAAUAGAGAAUAUAUGGUUUCCUUCCAGUGCAUGUAAUGUUUAUAGGUGUUAAAAUUAAUAGCUUUACCAUGUGAAUUCCUUUCUUCAUUUUCUGACUAGAUUAUCAGUAUCAGACUCCUCAGUGCCUCUGAAUGGCCAAGAAUCAGAAAUUAUGGACUAUGGAGAUCACAUUCAAACAGAAAGGGAAUAUUGGUCUGUUAUAGCUUUCUCUUUGCUUUUGAAAUGCCAUAUACACCUACCCUACCUACCCUCAGCCCUAAAUGUGGACAAACGAAUUAAUUUUAUGAAAUUAUUGCUAUCAUUCUGGAUGAACAGUGAUUUUGUAGCAGCAGGGGUCAACAGCCUUUUUCUGUAAAGGACCAGGUCAUUAAUAUGUUAGGUUUUGUAUCAUUCUGUCCUUGCCUCAACUACUCAAACUCUGCUAUUGUAACAGAGAAGCACUACAGAUAGUAUAUGAAUAAAUGGGAAUAGCUAUGAAGUGGACAGUUAGACUUGACCUAUAGAUCACAGUUUGCUGUCCUGACUUAGGAUACACUAUUACCUAAAUUUCCGAGCCGUAUGUAUAUAAUCUCUUAGACUAUUUAGUUAGUUUUGCAAGUUGUUUAGUUAUUUUGAAUUUGUAAAAGAUAAGUUAGGAGUUAAAGUAGCAGGUCAAGCAAGCAAAAGUAAUAAGAAGUUACUUUAUUGAACACUUUUUAUGUAUGAACAGAAUCAUACUUCAUAUUUUAUAAAAUUAGACACUUGGAAGAGCAUGGUGCAAAUAAGAAUAUGAAUGAUAAGGGUAAUUAAAAUACUUUGUGUCUCACGCAAAAUUAUUGAGACCUGCUACAAGCCCACAUUUCAUUACCUGAAACCCUUGUGCCAAAUGCAGUUUGCUUACUUAGAACUUUUGUAUUUAGAAAAGUAAAAGAGUACUUAUGUUAAGUAACGCUACAGAAGAGUCUGGAGCAGUACUCUAUAACCAAAUGCAUUAAUAUCUCUGCAGCAAAAAUGUAUGAAUGUUCAAAAUAUAUGGGAUUAAUAAGGCUAAAAUUAGUUUUGUGUCAGUACAGGUCAGUUUUUACCACUGAAUGAAUUUGCCUCAAACUCAGAUUUUUCAGUUUUCAUAGCUUUAAAACAAUUAUAAUUUCCUAACCUCUGGGAGUUAAGAACCUAUAAGCUUUGGACUUAAUUCUGAGAGGAGGAAAAGUUGCUGUCAUUCAAAAGUUAUGCCUGUUGUCAACCAGAGCAAUGUUAGGUGGCCUUCAUUUCCAAAAUGAAUAAGUCUCUUGCAAAGAUGUAGGCAGAAUAUUGAAAUAUAGAUUCUUCAUUUAAAGAACUUCAUUCCAGCAGAUACAUACAAGAGAAUCAUUAGAAUAGGAAGCAGAGUAAUGCCUCAUUGACUGCAUCUUAAAUAGAAAAAAAUUAGUACAGUUUUUAAUUUGGUCAGACUUUGUUUUAUUUCAGGUUGUCGGUAUUACAGAUCAUGUUAAUUUCCAUAUACUUGAAAGGGUGUAAUAAGGCACCUUUGCUUAUCA